AUGUGGCCGCCGAAUCUUCCAUGGAAGGUCCGACUCUUCGUCACAGCCUUCGGGUUCCUCACAGACGCUUCUUUCCGACGUAAUGGCUCCGUCAACCGCCGUUUCAUUAACCUCAUUGAUUUCAAAAUCUCCCCCUCCGACAAGCCAGUUAACGGCGUCACCACAUCCGACAUCACCGUCGACCCCUCCCGGAACCUCUGGUUCCGCUACUUCCUUCCUAGCGCCGCCGAGGCUGGCAAGAAGCUUCCCGUCACCGUCUACUUCCAUGGUGGCGGUUUCGUGAUGCUCUCCCCCAGCUCCCAGCUCUUCGACGACCUCUGCCGACGCCUCGCCAAAGAACUCCCCGCCGUCAUCGUCUCAGUCAACUACCGCCUCGCCCCGGAGCACCGCUGCCCAGCUUCGUACGAAGACGGGGUUGACGUCCUCAAAUUCCUCGAUGAAAACCCCCCGGCCAACGCCGAUCUAACCCGCUGCUACAUCGUUGGCGACAGCGCCGGAGGCAACAUCGCCCACCACGUGACCGCCAGAGCCGGGGAGCACAACUUCACGAACUUGAACAUCGCGGGAGUCAUCCCGAUACAGCCAUAUUUUGGAGGAGAAGAGAGAACAGAAUCCGAAAUUCAGCUCGCGGGAGCCCCGCUAGUGUCAGUGGAGCGCACGGACUGGUGCUGGAAGGCGUUUCUGCCGGAGGGGUCGGACCGAGACCAUCCGGCGGCGAAUGUAUUUGGGCCGAAAUCGAGCGAUGUAUCGGGGUUGAAGUUUCCGAAAAGUUUGGUGUUCAUGGGAGGGUUUGAUCCAUUAAGAGACUGGCAGGAGAGUUAUUGUGAAGGACUGAAAGGCAACGGAAAAGAAGUGAAGGUGGUUGAUUAUCCAAACGCCAUGCACUCCUUUUAUGCCUUCCCUGACCUGCCUGAAUCAACUCUAUUUAUGAGGGAGCUUCAAGAUUUCAUUUAUCCUCAAUAAUUUUUCUUUUGAUUUUGCUUCUUGGAUGAGUUUGUCUCUAGGAUCGUUUUUCCCUGUACAAUUUUUUUUUUGGGUGUGCUUCUUGGAUCAA